AUGGACGAAAACGCUCCCCAAAGACAGGAUACGCCUGCGCUACCAUCCCUCGUCAAUCUCAUCGAGUUUCGCUGGAAGUGGAGAGGUGAACUCUACAACGCGUCCGAGAUCCCAGGGAACUAUGUCUUUGGCACAGAGCCCCUCGAACGAGUCGUGCUUCCAACCGAUCCCCACAAUUUCGUCAUCUUGUCCCCCCUGAAGCGAGGUCAUCGACGAUACAGGUCUGACGAUGAGCUGUCUGACGAUUCGUACUAUGUCGGCAUCGAGGGCGGACUGUUCACUCCUGUCUUCAUACGUGGACGUGGAAGGAGAUCCUCCCCCGACAUGAACAACGCAUACUGCGGUGUUCUUCUGGGCAUGGGCUCGACGAACCAGACAGCCCGCCUCAUCAUCCCACCAGUCGACAUGCUUCGACCAAGGCAAUUGACCUUCCUCAAGGUCCUGUCCCUCGGCACUGACUACCACCCCAGCAACGAACCCGCCUUUCGACAGGUCUCCGAGGGCGAGAGAAAUAAAUUCCACACGGAUCAACAAGAAAACUUCCUCAGUGGCCAGAGAUGUACAGUCCUCGUCGAAGACACCAUGUCAGGGCCGGACUACAACGUCUUCAAGCACAUGACGGAGGACAACUGGGAGCUUUUUCACUUGAAGAUGCCUAAGCUUGUCAAUAUGAAGAUACCCAAUGGCCUUGUCGAUGAGAUCAAAUCUUUUCUCGUCAAGUACCCCCAGGACAUCGUCCCCAUCAACCUCGCUGUUUCGGUAGCCAUUGUUUGGUCGGCCUACUACAAUUCCCCCCAGUACCAGCCCGAGCUUGCGGUAUCCAAGUACUGGCAGGAAGGCGAGACAACUGCAAGGAAGGACCGACCUGUCCCCCCCGUUGAGCUGGCCGUUUUCAUCUUGUACUCCACUCACUACUUCCGAAUUCACGAGGAGCACGAGCUUUCUGCUUACGCUCACAUCUUUCGGAUCAUCUCCUGCAUGUACAAAAAGGACAAGAGCUUUGAUGCCGCCUUCGAGAUCAACAUCGAAGACAUUGACCACAAACUCGUCUUGCUCUAUGUUUCCGCAAUGAAAAUCAAGGAUGAGGACUGGGCCGAGAUUGUCCCUCCUUCGUUCGAAGGAUCUCGUAUCCCCAUGCCCAAGAACUAUGGCACCAGAGAGCCGCCUUCUCAAGAACUGACUUCGUCUCUGAUGAUGCCCCACAUCUAUACUCUCGGUUUUUCAGGCUAUACCAAUGAGGUGAGACCUGACCAUGGCGGUGUGACACGGGAUAUCAUGAUGCACGGGAGUUGGGUUCCGAAACAUGUUCUCGCUUCCACUUGCUGGAAACCCCUUGGUGAAGAGCACCUUGAUGCCAAUUCCUUGGAACCCUACCAUGACCAGGAACCACGGCAGCUCUGGACUGCACCCCAGACGGUAGUCCGGCUUCCCUGGCCUGAUAUAAACACCGUCGACACGCCUCAUCCCACUCAUCUACUAAGAGAGGCUCUGUCAUCAACAGCAGCUACCACUGCCGCCAUAGUCAACUCCAGCCUGAAUAGCCCUGCCGCCAGAAAGCCAAAUGCACACGAUUCCGUGUUGCGCGCCUUUACAGAUUACUUCAGCUUGCACGUCGCUGACCUUCGUAUGGCGAAAAAGGCGGGCUUCAUCUCGAAGGAGGUGACACUGGGCCCAGACGGGCACCUAACAUGGCCCAACCAGCCAAAGCGCCCUAGGGAGACCCCUGCACUGCCAUGCGAGAUCAAUAUCAAGAAGCUGAUCGCUGACGAUGCCACCGCGGCCAAGGACCGCAUUUCCGGACGGGACCUCGUCAUUCUCCGGACGAUUCUCGAGGAAGACCUGGCCAGCGGCAAGCACGUGGCCGAUUGUCUUCGGACGAUUAAGAUGAUUGACGUGAACGACGCAAAUCUGAGCAAGCGACGCGUAAAGACCACGUUUAUGGCUGCCGUUGAGUCCAUACUGAAAGCAAUGAACAGGGUUCUUGACUACAGUAGCUCCGUCCGCACCGGGGGCUGGGAUGUUGACGACUUUAUGAACAAUCUCGUCAGGCCGUGCUGCGAGCUUCUGGGACUUGACGCCAGUGGAAGCCUUUCUGAGUGCAAAGAUGCCAUACACAGUGUGGAGAGCAGCCUCCAGGAAGCCAUCGUCAACGUGGAAUUCAUCGUCCGAUACCAGCGCGAGAACGCCGAGUCUCCUUUUAAGAUCGCCAUGAACAUUAUCACAGACGCCCCUUGCUUCAGGUACAUCCAGAGGCUCUUCCUGUUCAAUAUGCGCCUUUGCGGACAACGAUUCAAUGAAGACGACAAGAAGCUCUGGGCUGAGAUGUUUGGGGAACCUUUUGAUGACACCAAAGGAGGCAACUGA